GAACUAGCUCAGCCCUAAUGCUGGCCCCGCGGUGCCUUUCCGACCUCACUGCCUCUCCUGGCAUCCGGGUCUCGGCCUCGGAGCGCCAGGGACACCACGAGGACACGCCCCUCACUUGCGCGUCUGGGUUCCAGCCGCCGCCGCCCCCAACAAAUAAAGAAGGGAAAGUCCUGCGGGUGACUGCCCCAGGGAGCGCCGCGGCUGUACGUCAACCUGCGGCGGCCGCCGACUCAUUUGGGGGCCACGCUGGUUGCAUUCGUCACGCCGGGACGCCUCUCAAACCCGCGGCCUGCCGAGCACGUUCCCACACGGGCGACCCUGGUGACGCGGGCGCGUCUGUGGCUCUGGAGAACCAGGCCGCGGAGCCCCGGCGAGGGCAGACGGGGAACUGGCGACUGCGGGGGCGGACGGCUGGGGCUUGUAGCCCUCUCGUGACCCUCUACUCAGGAAAAGGCGAGCCGCGGCCGCCGAACUCCAGCUCUGGCGCGCUCAGGGGCGUGGCGCGGGCGGGUCGUGAGUGGGGCGGGGCCCAGAGAGCGUGUGCGAUGGAGCGGCGCGUCGCGUGGCGCGAAGGGGCGUGGCGCCAGUGGGCGUGGCGUAGUGCGAAGAGACGCGGUGCGCACGCGCGUGAGGGAUGUCGCGGGCCCAGACAUGUCUGUCCUUGUGAGAUAAAAGCUUCCAUGGGAGCCUUCCUUCCUAAUCAAGCCUCGUGGUGGAAGAUCUGACCCAUUCAAGAGGAAGGAUGAAAACUCUACAUAGGAACACGAUGUGAAUGGAAGAAACCUGUCAUUAUGCAAAUAGUACGGUAUUCCGAACAGACACUAAAAACAGCUCUCAUCUCAAAGAAUCCAGUGCUUGUGUCACAGUGUGAGAAAUUAGAUGCUGGGGAACAGCGUUUAAUGAAUGAAGCAUUCCAGCCAGCCAGUGAUCUC